UGUGACACAGAGAGACACACACAUACACAAAGACAAAGUGAGUAGGGUAGAAAAGCAGAGAAGUCAGAAGAGGGGGAGGAAAAAGGAGGGGAAUAGCUAAAAAGACACUUAUUUGUGGACUACCUUACUACUUUACUAAAUUUAUCUUUAUUUUUCCUGAAUUAGAAAAUAAACUUGACCGAAACAAAACAGGGGUAAAAAAGAGAAGAAGAAGAAAUGAAGGACUUAAUGCAGUCAGUAGAACUAGGAGUCUCUCAGCGGAAAGGAGUUAACGUAACUGGACCAAAAGUUUGGCUAAAGAAUGAAGUGGUUCGUGUGGGACUUGCUGAAUCCCUUUGCACAUAUGUCAUGAUGGUGUUUGGCCUGGGGUCUGUGGCCCAGGUAGUGACAGGACAGGGAGCGUUCGGAGAGUACCUCAGCAUCAACCUGGGUUUUGGACUGGGUGUUGCAAUGGGGGUUCAUGUUGGAGGGAAGGUCUCAGGGGCUCAUAUGAAUGCGGCAGUGUCUCUCACAAUGUGCACAUUUGGCCGCCUUGCAUGGAAGAUGCUGCCUGUGUAUGUUUUUGCACAGCUAUUGGGGUCAUUUCUGGCAGCGGGGACAAUUUAUGCUGUCUAUUAUGAAGCCAUUUAUGACUAUUGUGGAGGAAACCUGACUGUGACUGGUGUAAAGGCCACAGCUGGUAUCUUUGCCACCUAUCCUGCACCGUACCUCUCCUUGCUGGCUGGAUUCAUUGACCAGGUGUUUGGCACAGCUAUGCUGCUGCUGUGCCUGAUGGCUCUGUCCGACCAGAAGAACAAACCGGCCGCAGCAGGCAGUGAGCCUGUUGCAGUGGGUCUCCUAGUGCUACUCAUCGGCAUUUCCCUAGGCAGCAACAGUGGCUAUGCCAUCAACCCCACCAGAGACAUCGCACCGAGGGUCUUCACUGCCAUAGCAGGCUGGGGGUCCGAUGUGUUCAGGGCUGGAAAUGGGUGGUGGUGGGUGCCUCUGGCUGCACCUCCCAUUGGUGGAGUAUUGGGUGCGGGGCUCUACAAGGCCUUGGUGGAAAUGCACCACCCACCCCUCUCUGAACAGGGUGAGGGGCUGCUCAAGGAGGAGACUGCCCCUUUGAGGAAACAAGAAAACAUCUGUGCUAAUGUAUGUGUUUGAGCCACUCAACUAUAUAUAGUGUAUCCCUUGUAAAGCUAUGAGGGUAUCUGUAUGCAGCUAAAACAUUCCAUGAUGAUGAAGGCUAAAAAGAUAGACCAAAACAAAUUGCUGCGAUGGGGGACAGAAAGAGAGACUACCUGAAAUAUUGCUUUCAAUAUCUCUAAAAAUUUUAAAAUGAGUCUGUUUUAUGUAAUUAUGUAAAUAUUUAGCCACUGUUUCUGUGCUUGUAAGGGGCUGCAACAGAUAAAAUACACAUUAUUCGAUAUUUUGAACCAUUAUGUGGACAUCUAUGGGUUACGGUUGCUGCCCAUACCACAUGUAGUUAAUUAGACCAAAAGGAGCCAUUUUUAUGUAUGGAGAAUGAAAAAAAAAAAAAACCCACACACACUGGCCAUUUUAUGUUUAUAUUACUGAGGCAUUAACAGCUGAUAUAACCUUGGAAGACACCAUAAAAACAGAGUAUGUAAAGAAAAGUAAACACCCCCCCAUACAAUGCACUAAAAUAAACAUGUAGCUUUUAGAAAAUAAAAUAGAAACAGUAGGAGUUGGCUCCUCACAGCUUGAAAGGGCAGCAGCACAAUAAGACAUAAUAUACACAUUUAUCUUUCCAACAAGCUAGUGCACAGCACCCUAAAGCUAAAAAGUGUAAAUUUUCCUUGCUUCACUAUGUAGGGGCUCCAAAGUACUUGAACCAAAACCUAAUUCUAGAUGUUUAUUAGGUCUGCUGAGCAGUAUACUUGGCAUUAUGACCGCUAAAUGGAUAAAGCUCCAAAAUGUUGGAAUAUAACCUCCUCACAUCAGUUGAUUGAUAAGGAAUCAUCAGAGCAGAUGUCAUUGCACAAACAUAGUCUAUUACUAGUCAUUUUUAUGUUUGUGAAGUUUACAGAGGAACAUAGCAUCAGUGAGACACUGCAGUGACGUGAUGGCCAGUGAGUAACUUACAUUACUGAAGACUAUAGCUUGAUGGUUUAUUGCAACAUGGAACAUGUCAUGGUUUGCAUUUGCGUGCAAUCUAAAGUGAUGUAAUGUUUGAUACAGAAGCUCUGAAAAUUUUCAGUGAGUCAUGUGAUCAGUUUCUGUCUGUAGAAUCAUGUGAUCAGUUUUAAAUUGUAGAUACAAGUCUUCAGUCAUACAAGCACUUUAUUGACCAACUGAAACCUACACAGUAUUAUGUUCAUUCUUCCUGUUUCCUCAAUUUUACAGUCACAUAAACAUAGUUAUUUACUUUUUCGUGUACUUGUAAAAUGCAUAUAUAUGUAUAUAAAAAUUGUUGUAUGAUUCAAAAUUGAAAUAUGUACAGCAGCAAACCAAGCCUAGUGACAACAAUUACAGAUAAAAACUGAUGAUGACUGUGUCCUUAUUGAGUAUUAGUUGGAUACAGCAGUGGUACAGUUUGUUACUACAUGUCUGUAUUAUUUGUGGUAUGUCAGCAGCACAUAAUCAUAUUUUAUGAAUUUACUGGUUUGGAUUAUUUUUACCACUAGUGAACACUGUGUUACAUGAGGCUUACAAUAAUAACUAUAUGGGUGAUGCAAUUGGCUGGAAAGCAAUAGUGCUUCUAAUUUCUCCGUCACUAACGCUUAGCAGUGUAAGAUAAACAAAAAUACGAUGAUCAGGAUUGUCACGAUCAAAUCAAAUGUUUUCUUUUAAAACCACCUGAGCCAGGUUAUGGGGGAAUUAAUGCUCAUGAAACCUGGACCCCAGUAAGAAAAACAAUAAACAUAUAAACAACAAAAACCUUUUUACAUGCCACUUUGUCUUCACCAGCUGGUACCACUUGCCUGGUUAACCCUGGAUAUGGAUCUAUUUAGAUAUGUGGCAUUCCAAACGUUUUAGAUAACAUGCACUCACGGUCCAACCAAUAACGAAAUAACAGACUGCUCCUCUUAGCCAUGCUGGUUGUGCAGAUAGUGGAGUUGGUUGAAAUGUUUUCCUUUGACUGGAACGUUUUUCACCGCUUUGCCCCAAUUUGUCUUCCUGUGCCGACAACCUGGGUCUUGGCAGUGCUCCCCAAGCUGCUCUGUGCCGACUGCUUCUUCUUGGGGGCAGGUACCUUGGCCUUGCCUUUGAAGGCCUUUAUAGGAUCCAGCUUGUUGAGAUGGGAAUCUCCAGCUGGAUCGGCCAAGCUGAGCUCACUGCUGAAAGUCAGUGGUUGGUACAGUGAUGCCCACUGCUGUAGAGGGAACAGGAGGAACAGUAGAUAGUUUACAAUACUGUUUAUAGUAAACUAAAAAUUAAUAAUAAUGUCCAAUAGAAACUGAAUGUAACCGUAUGGAAAUUGAAGAAAUGGAAAAAUCCUGCUUCAAGGUUGAGGAAAAACACGUUUAUGCUUUGUGUAAGUGUCUUAAAACUUUGAGUGUCAUCCUAAUAAAGUGUUAAAGUCCA